CUCGGAGAACGGGGGAGACAGCAAACAGCUACUGUUCUCUACACUCGGGGACCAGGGACAUGGAGAAGCCACUCUCCUCCAGGAUAGAGCUGAUAACAUUCCCUGGCGCUGUCUUUACCCCUGGGGUUGCUUCAGGCAGGGGUGUCUUCCACUGCUGAAACCACUGCAAGCUGGAGAGCAAAGCCAGACCUGCCUUCCUUGUUGCUGUCACCCAGUGACUGUGCUUCCUUCCACAGGUCUUCCUUCUCUCACCAUGAAGGCGACCUUCUCAGCUGCCCUCCUUGUUCUAGCCAUCUCAGCGUGGACUUCCUUUGCAGUUGAUUUCUCUCUCCCUAUGAGCCCUCGCGUGACCGAUGAGGUCUUCCAGGAGACAAAGGACUUGUGCAACAAGAACGUCAGGAAAUGCUGGAUGCUUUCCUACUUCAAGCCCAGCGAGCCUAUAUGUGCCAGUGACCAAAUUACCUACAGCGGCGAGUGCCAUCUCUGCUCCAGAAUUCUAUACGAAAGCAGAACCAUAGUUAAAAUGCAUGAUGGAGAAUGUAUUUACUCCGGGGAAGACUAUGGACACAAUUAAAAGUUACUGAAUCCUCAGACAGCCAAGUGAAGCAUGAUGGCUGAGUCUUCAAAGAUACCAAAUUUGGGGGACAGGGGCUGGACUUUCUGGUACAGUAUUUGCCUAGUAUGUAUGAAGCCUUAGUUCAACCUCCAAUGUUUGGAGGAAAAAAAGAAUAGCUCAUUAAGAAAUGGAUCCUGGUGGUAAAAGGUACUUGGAUCAAAUUCAUUGAUUUGCUUCUUCAAUAAAUGAU